AUGAAUGAAAGUUCAUCUCACCCUGAGCAGCGGAGGGACCACGCUGGAGGGCCGGCAUCCGCGGAGCGGCCUCAUCUCCAUCGCACAGCAUGCUUUAGCUGUCGAUCAUCAAGACAAAAAUGUGACAGACAGAGUCCAUGUACCCGGUGUAUCUCACAGCAGAGACGAUGCGAGUAUCCUCAGAUUUCCAAUCGAGGCCGAAAACAAGGAAGUGUCAACAGCAAACCAGACACAGUCGAGAAGCUUUUGCAGCGUAUCCAUGAGAGUCCUGUUGGCGAGCAAGUGAUCGCUGCUAUCCUGUCUUCGUCUCGAAAUCUGCAACCUUCUGGUUCUAUCUCGGAUACACAAAGUGUACAGGGUUCAGCAGAUCGCACACCUGAGACUAGAGAUGUGUCAGUGGCAUACAGCGUCACCAAAUCAGAGGACAAGCGAGUGGAGUACACUCGUACGAACGGUGAUUCUGUAAGCUCACUUAUAUCACCUCUACACAUUCUCGCCGAUGCCGUGGAAACCGAAAGACUGGCAUCACUGCACAUCCUAGAUCCAGCCCCGGCUGUAGCACAGUCUGAAGAAAACCAGUCGAAUGAUGCAAGCAACGGGUGGCUGUCCCGCAACUCUACAGAGCGGCUGAUCAAAUAUUUCAAGCCUAUCUCCCUAUCACAGAAAGACUGGCAAGUUUUGGCUUCUCAGCCGCUCAAUGCUCCUUUGAGGCUCAGCUCUUUGACUUGCGAUCCGAUCAGUUCUCGUAUCAUAAACGACAAUGAUGCCGAGAGAUACUUUGACUUAUUCUUCAAGAUUCGGAAUCCGCUUGUGUGUCUGCUGGAUCCUAUUCUUCAUACAUCAGAAAAUGUCCGACCGCUAUCUUUCACUCUCUUCUCCGUGGUCUGUGCACUGGGAUGUGCGAUAUCAGACACUCAAAGAGAUCGGUCGUUGUACCCUACUCUACUAGCUCUGGCGGAAAGCAACAUCAAGUGGUCGAUAGCGACGUCUGUUAAAUCUGUGGAAACUAUUCAAGCGAUCUUCACCAUGGAGUACUGGUCACCUGUCCAUGAAACCCAGAAGGAUGAUCCGUAUUGGUUGCACAUCAGCCACGCAAUCCUGAUUGCCAGAGAAUUAGGCCUCAACAAAGCAAAGUCUGUAACAGAUUUAGUCUCGACCUACACUUCGUCCACAGCAAGUUCAAACUUCAAGGAACGAUUCCAUCGAAAUAUCGAGAGAACAUGGCUCGCUGCAUUCUUUGCCGAAAAGAGCUUUGGUAUCGUCACUGGACGGGUAAUGAACGUGGGUCGAUCAGAGAUCUCCGAAACGAUAUCUGAAUGGUGGAAGAAACCAAUGGCUUGUCCAUUUGAUCGAGUCAUCAGUGGUGUUGUUGAGAUGCGAAUUCUUCUUAUGCAAUAUCUCGAAGAAAGACAAAACAUGGCCAAGACCAGAGACCUGGUUGAAGAUUGGCAAGCACGAGGCUUCGCAGCCCUCCAGGCUCUUCGCGAACAGCGCUGCUCCCCCAGCAACUCGCAAGACGAAUCUGCUUCAGCAGAAUACUUGCCCAUCCUCGCAUACUACAUGGAUCACAGCAUUCUGGUCUUGAACGCGAAUGCUUUGCGAGAUUUUGUUGCAACUAACUCUAUGGAGUGUCUAGCGAACCCCUGCAAAAUUUCUCGCCAGACCGUCGAUGUCGCAUGCAGGUCAUUGACUCUUAUACUGACUGACCCGGUCUUACUCCAGCAUAUGUAUGGCACUCACAACAACCAACUCAUCAUGAUAUGUCACGCAUCCAGCGAGAUACUAUUCGCCACAACACGCGGCUGCCUACCCCCAGAACUUAUCGAAACAGCAGCUGCAAGAGUACGCGCCGUGACCAGACACAUGGAAGCAAUAGCCCGAGGGCUACCAACUUCGUCUGCGGCAUCCCUAUACACCACACUUUCCAACAUCUUUUCAAAACAGUUGGAUAAGUACAUCUCGACUAGCCAAGCCAGUUGUGAAGUCUCGCAGGAGCCGAUACCGACGGAUUGGUGGAAUGCACUUGGGGGCGACAUGUUGGUGGAUAUGAGUGAUUUGUUUCCCGAGCAGCUGUUUCCCGAGUUGAGUGGGUACGAUGGUGGUGGGGAUGGAAUGAUAUGA